CUGCGUAGAUUGUGGGGUUUUAGUUCAAUUCGAGAUUCCCUAAACCGAAUGCCGCAACUAAGCGACGUCGGUUCUCAGCUUCUCCAUGCGUAUGACGGCCUUAAGACGGCCUCGGUUGACUUGACCGAUUUCUCACAUUCCACUUCUGCUUAUCAGAAUGCUUUCAAUCCAUAGCUAGACAUGAAUCUGCAAAGGUAGCAGGUAGCAUCGUAAAAAUGAAGAAUUGUAUUUCACUUCGACCACUUGCGAGAGCGUCUACGCCCAUCAAUAGGCUGUAUAAGUCGAGGCGACCGGCUGUAUGCUCGUCACGACGUCGAAACUACUCUACGCAUCCGCCGAAUGCGCGACUCAACUUACCGCCUGACUAUUCAACAACGCCACUACUAGCACACAGCUCGCAAGCAGCACUUUCUAACCCAGAGUUACCGCCUGAAGCUAGAAAUGGUACAGCAAAACGUAUGAACCUAUUCCAGGCCAUAAACGAUGCCCUGUCGAUAGCGCUUGCUGAGGAUGAGAACGUUCUGGUAUUUGGCGAAGAUGUAUCCUUUGGUGGCGUGUUCCGCUGUACGAUGAAGCUUGCCGAGAAUUUCGGAGGAGCUCGCGUCUUCAAUACACCUCUAACGGAGCAAGGUAUCAUGGGAUUCGGCAUCGGGUUAGCCGCCGAGGGUAUGCGACCCGUAGCCGAAAUCCAGUUCGCUGACUACGUCUACCCUGCGUUCGACCAAUUAGUAAACGAGGCCGCGAAAUAUAGAUACCGCGAAGGAGGGACCGGAAGAAGUGCGGGCGGCCUGACGGUGCGAAUGCCAUGCGGAGGCGUCGGUCACGGAGCACUGUACCAUUCACAGUCACCUGAGAGCCUUUUCACUCAUAUUCCUGGUUUAAGAGUGAUAAUGCCGAGAUCUCCACUACAAGCCAAGGGACUAUUGCUUUCUGCUAUUAGGAGUAAUGACCCGUGCAUUUUCCUAGAACCCAAAAUCCUGUACCGAGCGGCCGUCGAACAAGUGCCGACAAAUCCAUAUACCUUACCCCUCUCCAAGGCAGAGAUACUUAAGGAGGGCAAGGACGUUACUAUUAUCUCAUACGGACAGCCACUAUACACUUGUAAUGCUGCCAUUCAAAAGGCAGAGGAAGACUUAGGAAUUUCGAUAGAACUCAUUGACCUGCGAACCGUAUAUCCUUGGGACAAAGAGUGCGUCUUCGAGAGCGUACGGAAAACGGGGAGAUGCAUGGUGGUGCACGAAUCCAUGGUAAACGCAGGAAUAGGGGCCGAAGUGGCCGCGGCGAUCCAGGAGGACCCAGACACGUUUAUAAGACUCGAGGCUCCGGUGUCGCGAGUAGCAGGAUGGAGUAUAUUCACCCCACUGAUGUUUGAGAAGUUCAACAUCCCCGACGUAGCUAGAAUAUAUGAUGGCAUAAAGAAGCUAUUGGAAUAUUAAACAGUAGAUGUUAUACUUAAGAUAUAAGUAUCCCUUAAAUACCAUUAUGCAUAUAAGUCGCGGUCUGGUGUAUUUGGAAUUUUGGUAUGAGAGGAACAAAGAAAAUAGUGUCAAGAAAGUCCAUAAAUUUAUUGACAAGAGGGCCUAAGUAAAUACAUUAAAACCCUAGAAUAUUAAGUCCCUAGGGUUUGAAGACUUUAGAUGGCUGGGAGACAAUAGAAAUUAAUAUAAAAGCGAAUAAUGAGAAAGAGUGCAGAUUAUACACUGUAUUUCGUAC